CAGUUACAGUGAUCAGUUCAACCCGUCAAGAUGUCUCAAAUCCGCGCACUGACAGCAAUUGCACUAUUAUGGCUUGUGGUCGCAAGCUGUCUGCUGGAAACGGUCGACGCACGAAAAUCUCGUGGCAGUUCCAAACGUUCCUCACGGCGACCGAAGGGUGUAAAUAUUGAAAUCUACCAUCCCAAGGGUGUGAUGAUUUGGUACCCGUAUCGUGCGGGCAUGGAAAUGUUCGGCAUACAGAUCUACAUCAACAAGGCUAACCAACAGCCGACAGGUGAUAACUCCUCCAGCGAGGAAGAGUCUGCACCGCCGGCAUGCGACAUUUGUCUCAAUACGACCGAAGUGACCUAUGGAAAGUUCAUCCUGCGCAGCGAGGAUGCAAUCAUCCGCAGUCGCGAUCAUCUGCUGUACAAUGCGAUCGUGAAGAAAACCAACGGAGCAGCAUACGUAUCCCGUUCGAACGAUUUCUACGUGUCAGAGAGCCGCAUCUUGCUGGGUGAUAUGACCGGUGAUGCCAGUGCGUGUCGUGAAACGGCGGUCGCAAAUCUUUCCGAAAGCGAUAAGCGCAUGGUAAAGGAAAUUAAGCUGAUGGAAGAUAUUCUGCGCGAUAUGAACGAACAGUGUUUCGGUGGUGAGUCGAAUCGAACGAAACAAUUGCUGCUGAGUGUGCAGACACCGACCCGGCUUGAUGUCAAGCAGCUGCAUCAGUUUACGGAGGAUGAGCUCAAUCGUGUUAUGCCCGAGGUCGAUUGGGGUCGAACGCUUGUGGAAGCGUUCUACGCACAGAACGGCAUUGGAUUCGAGGUGGCGACGGCGAUCGACAAGAUGAAGGUGUUGAAGUUGGCUACACUCCGAUCGAAUAGUCCGAUUACCGAUCUGGACAUCUUUCAAACGGAGGACAUGACGAAUGAUAUCGAGCAAUGGAUCUAGGGAGUUGAU